UCUUUUGCUGUAAAUAGAGGAAGAAACAUUUGUCACAGUCAAACAACUGAGAUGGAUCCAAAGAGGCAAACCUGGGAUUAUCAGUGAGGAAUCACUCUUUAACAUGGACUAAUCAGGGAAGCUGCACUUUCAACACAUAAAGAAGUUACCAUACAUUUGGUUUCCCUGCUGUGAAGUGGACGAGGUGAGAAAAUGCAGGAGUCUCCAGGUAUCGCAGGGGCGGAUGGCAACUAUGCCAACAACGUGCCAGCUUUCCUCACCAAGCUGUGGACGUUGGUGGAGAAUCCAGAAACCAACCACCUCAUCUGCUGGAGCGCUACUGGAACCAGUUUUCAUGUGUUUGAUCAGGGACGCUUUGCCAAAGAGGUUCUACCAAAAUACUUUAAACACAACAACAUGGCAAGCUUCGUUCGACAGCUCAACAUGUAUGGUUUCCGUAAAGUGGUUAACAUUGAGCAAAGCGGCCUGGUAAAGCCUGAAAGAGAUGAUACAGAGUUCCAACAUCUUUACUUUCUACAAGGACAUGAGCAUAUGCUGGAGCACAUCAAGAGGAAGGUGUCUAUUGUGAAAAGCGAGGAGACCAAAGUUCGCCAGGAGGACCUCAGUAAGCUACUCUAUGAAGUUCAGCUCCUGAGGACACAGCAGGACAACAUGGAGUGUCAGAUGCAGGACAUGAAGCAGCAGAACGAGGUUCUGUGGAGGGAGGUGGUCUCACUGAGACAGAACCACACCCAGCAACAGAAGGUCAUGAACAAGCUGAUCCAUUUCCUGUUCAGCCAGAUGCAGUCCAGCACACCCAAUGCCGUGGGCCUGAAGAGAAAACUGCCUCUGAUGUUGGAUGAUGGCUCUCCCAGCCCUUCUCCUCCCAAGUUCAGCCACCAUGUAGAGUCAGUACAAGAAUCUUACUACAUCCACUCGCCAUCUAGCAAUGUUGCGUCCUGUUCUACUGAUGGACUGACAGGAGGACCAAUCAUUUCAGAUGUUACUGACAUCACUCAAACCAGCAUGGCCUCUCAGAUGCAGUCUCCUGACAGCAGGGAGAAGUGCAUGAUGCUUAUCAAAGAAGAGCCUGUGAGCCCAGGAGUCCGCGGUGGAGGGAAAGUGGCCAGUGUUGGUGGAGGAGAAGCUUUGGCAAUGAGCUCCACCUGUGAGGUCUGCUCCUCUGAGCCUCCUGUCCUCCCUGUCGCCAUGGUACAGUCUGUCCUGGAGGGGAGGGGCUCAGCAGCUUCACUUCUAGAGAGGAGAAGCAGGAGGCCUACCACUGACAGAGCUGAAAUUUCUGAGUCAGUGGAGAAUGUAGAAAUGAGUAUGGAGGAGCUGCAGCAGCUGCUGCUCAGGAGCCACCAGCAGAGCGCUGUAGAAUCUGGAGCCGGCGUUGCAAUGGAUCCUUUCAGUUUAAGCCUGCCUCUGACUGAAUGGAACUUCACAGAGAUGGAGUCCAACCUCAAAUCUUACAUGUUCCAUAAUCAGGAAGCAGAGGCUUUUCCAGCUGCCAGCUGUGAAGAUCAGUGACUCUGAGCCAUGGAGUGUCAUUUUCAACUGAUAGGCCACAGAAGCUGCUGUUCCACUCAUUAUUCUACUCCACAUGAGUUUGAACUGAAAGCCCUGCCAGGCUAUUUCCUACAUGCUGCUUUGUUUCCAUUCUGUGCACAUAAGGACAUCUGAAAGAAAGAGGACAAUGGGAUUUACUAACUACUUCCUGGUUAGCUGGCUGACAUGCAUUUGAUGUCCACAUUUGCA